AUGGCGGCAGCCGGCAAAUCCAAGCACUCCGACCCGCAGACCUACGAUGAGUUCUUUGCCGUGUCUCCGACGUUUACCCUCAAUUCGCUAUUGGGCAAUCGCGAGGUGUUGCGGCUAAACCUCGGUGACCGGCCCCCGAAGCCAGCUGAGACCCCUACCCCACCCAGAGCUCUACCCUGCGCUACAGUUAGAGCCUCGACCUCUGAAUCCGUUGAUUCCGCUGAUGCUCAUCCUGUUCCUGAUAGUCCAUCAAGAGGUCGUCUCCCUUAUGCUCCCUCUAAUGGCCAAUUGGGAGCUCAUUCUAAUGCUCCGGUCGCGGCUGCCACGGCUGUCACACCGCCUCCUCCCACUCAUACGGCUCCCACAGCUCCCACGGCUCCUCCAGCACCUCUCCCGAUACCUCUGCGUAUACGGGUGGCGUCGCCACCUCGAGGUAGACGUGUGGUGUCUCCACCGCCGCCUACCGCCGCCUCCACUGAGUCGUCCACCGCUCUCACCAGGUACCAGCCAAAGGACUCCCACGACGAUUACUCGACCACAGCCGAAGCGCCCCGCCCACGACCAGACAGAGGCACCUGUCCCGUGUGCAGAAAGUUCUUCCACUACAACUUGCAGGGACACGUCAUCUCCCACCGCGGCAACUGGAUGUUCGAUUGCAAGUUCAGUUUCCUCAAUCUCUGUGGCGACGUCAAGAUCGUCGGUCCUACUCACGCCAAGAAACACAUGCUUAUAAGACACUUCCGAUACUACAGCCUCGCGUUACAUGGAGCGGCGAUGGCGGAUUUAUUGGAACACUACGGCGAGUGUGCCUGUGGGUGGCGGGGCUCGGGGGAAAGGUGGAUCGAGCACCACGUGUUGGACAACCAGUGCAAGAUCUUGACAAACCCCCGGGUCAACGUGCCGAUCUCCUCCGCCUGGAAGUGUUCCACAUGUAAUGGCCUCUUUGCCACGCGCUACGCGUUGGAAAUGCACCAAUCUGAGCACGAGGGCAUCGAGGCAUUGAGGAUGAAAUGCAACUUUGCCUCCCUUGGCAAGUGUGGCUGUAAUCCGCAGGAUGAAAAGUCGGCUGUUCAGGGAAUCAACCAUCUUCUUUCGCGGCAUUUCCAAUUUGAUGUGAACCCUGACCGAACGAGAUUAUCUACGAAAGGUUUGUUGGCCCGCGAAGGAACUUGUGAAUGUGGUGGGUACCACGGCGCUGCGCAGACGUGGUUCUAUUACCAUGUGUUGUCUCCCUUCAAGCCGUGUCCCUUAGUCACCGACGAACUUGAUCCCACCGCUACGACAGAAGGCCACUGUUCAGUGUGUGGCAUGUUUCUUGAAAGCGACUUGCAACAGCACAUCAAGUCUCAUUGUCACGAUUGGACAUUCGACUGUCCCUUCAGUGGGCUUGGGAAAUGUGGACUGUUCGACGGUAAAACUAACUGCAGAGUGCAUAUGUUCUCCACCCACUUUGAGUACAAUACUCUUCGCUUCCCAGAUUACGCCACCCUUAGUACGUUGUAUGCUGAGAAAGGUCGCUGUAAUUGUGGGUUCCGAGGAACGGGUGCGGAGUGGAUGAACAACCACAUUUUCACCCUGGAAGAUCAGUGUCUGUUGGUAUUAUUUGCAGCAGAACAGCGUCACUCUCAGAUCGAAAGAUGA